AUGGCUCCCUCGGCGGGGAACACAUUUUGCCAUCCGCACCCUCUUUGCGGCCAAACGACAGCUGACCGCCCGCUCGACGUCAGCAGGAGCAGGAGCAGCGGUAGCGGAAGCGGCAACAAAACGGCCAGCACCAGGAAACCAGAGGAACCGCAGCCGCAGCCGCAACCGCCGUUCGUGGAUGGACGUCGUCUGAACAGGAUCUGGUCGCUAAUCAAACUCGUCCUGCUCAUGGCACUGCUCCAGCAGCCUGAUCUCUCCGGCGGCGGUUAUGGCGUCUCAGCGGCACCCAGCCAACUGGCAACCGCGCCCAGUUCCAGCCACCUCGAUCAUCCCAAGCACCUACAGAAGCAUGCCAGGAGCGCGGCCUAUUUCCGGCUGACCUUCCAGCAGGAGCUGAAUGCCAGCAGUGCGCAUCUCGACUGGGAGAACACCUGCAACCUGAAGCCCACUGGCCUGAACGAGACGCACAGCAAGACGAAACGCUGCAAGAAACGCCAACGGGUGCUGCAGAUUCUACAGAACCAAACGGGCCGCGAGUUGAGGGGCAUCCAGGCCGAGGACAGGGCCAGGAUCACCACCAAUGCGGAUAAGCAGGCCACAAACAACACCAAGACCCUCGAUAUUGUGGAGAAGAAGAAGUGGCGCUUCUACAAGGGAAACUACAGGUUCCUGCCCCGUCUGAAUGUCACCAGCAAACAGUUGAACCUUCGACAUGCCCAUCGCGACCUGCAGAUUUACGUGGGCGCCUUCACGUACAUGCGCAACAUCAAGUUGCACUGGGACCUGGCCAACCUGAAGGCCAAGAGCGUGCUCUCCGACGAGCUGGACCGGAUGCGGAAGUCCGCCCGGGAGGUGCUCUGCAGCGUGGAGGAGACCAUCAACCUGACCAACCUGCUGUACACACCCAGUCGGCCGCGGGCGCAGCAGCCGAGGGGCCACAAGAAGCGGCGCCAGGCCCCGCCGGUGGUCACCUACAAGAUCCUGUCGCGCAAGCUGAUGGAGAAGCGCCUACAGCAGUUCAACUCCACGGUGGUGCCACUCGUGCCGCUGCACCAGCAGGCGACCUUGGCCGCCCGCGGGGAGGAUGUUCCGGCACCGCCCGACGACCUGAUGGUCCUGGAGCAGCACGCCCUCUUCACCAAACUGAAGUUCGUGCAGUAUCUGAAGAGCAUCCGCAAGAUACUUGCCAAGCAGCGGAGGAAUCUAUGCUAG